AUGGCAUUGGGGAAGAGGUGUAGUUCAAUGAAGGCAAAGAGGGCUGGUGAUGGUGCUUUAGUGAGUGGAGAAGAAGAGGGGUUAGGGUUCAAGUUUGUUAGGUCAUAUUCGUUUGGAAGGAAAAGGGUUUUAAGUACAAAGAAUAAUGUUAACAAUGAAGAUCUGUUGAAUCUUGAUUCCACUUUUAAUUCUCCAUUGAAGAGGCUUUGCAGUUUAGAGCCUGAAAAGUCUAAUCUUGAAAGCCUGCCUCAAGAUAUCUUGAUCAGGGUUUUGUGUGGUGUGGAUCAUGAUGAUUUGAAGCAGCUUUUUCAUGUGUCUAAAGUGAUUAGAGAAGCUACUUUGAUUGCAAAACAAUGGCAUUUUGCCUAUAGCACACCAAGGAAGUCUCAAGCUUUUCGAACUCCAAUUGAUUUGGAGAAUCCAAGUGAAUUGAAUGAAAUUGAAGCUCCGAAUGCACCGAAGCACCGAAGGUCUUACAAGUCGCAGUUAAAUCGGAAGAGUAUUGCUGAUGUAUCAGUGGCAUUGUUUGCUUCACCGAAGAAGGGGCUAUUCGUGGAUACAGAAAUUAAUCUUUACAUGAAGCGAGAGCACCCAGAGGUAGUCAUAGCACUGGCAAGUGGGGCGAAUUUUAGCACUGACGUGGGGAGAUUGAUAUUACAGAAGAUCCCCUGGCAUUUAGGAGACAGCAUAUCUGGGCAGAUGUUUCUAGACAGACAGCUGUUGGUGUGGGGGAGUGAAAAGCUAGGAUUAGUUGGAAGAACAGGAGCAGGGAAAUCUAGCAUGCUAAAUGCUUUAUUCCGUAUCGUAGAACUGGAAAGAGGAGAAAUCACCAUUGAUGGUUGUGACAUUGCUAAGUUUGGACAGACAGAUUUGAGGAAAGUUCUCAGUAUCAUACCACAAUCACCAGCUCUCUUCUCAGGAAACGUGCGGUUUAAUCUCGAUCCAAUUAGGGAGCACAAUGAUGCUGACCUAUGGGAGGCUUUAGAGAAGGCACAUUUAAAGGAUACCAUUAGAAAUAAUUCUUUUGGUCUGGAUGCUGAGCAAACUGUCAAGUCAAUUUGUUUUGAUGGCAAGGUGUUUGACGGAGGGGAGAAUUUUUGUGUUGGACAGAGGCAACAACUUAGUCUUGCACGAGCAUUGUUGCAAAGAUCUAAGAUUCUUGUUCUUGAUGAAGCAACUGCUUCUGUUGAUGUUAGAACUGAUGCUCUUAUCCAGAAAACCAUUGGAGAAGAAUCCAUAUUUUGCACAAUGCUAAUUGUUGCUCACAGACUAAAUACCAUUAGUGACUGGAAUAUGCUAAAGCAGAUAUUGUUCUCCUUCAUUGUUGAGGCCCUUGCCUGGUGCUCCACUCUUAUUAUGACUGGGGAAGCGGCAAUGCUCAAUCUCAAUCUGUCAGUGAGUGACUACUACACUAGCCAGUCUCUCUUGAUAAUGGUGAAUAUGAAACACUUUGUGGAAGACAUAAAAUAUGUUCUGAUGGGCAUGCCAGCUUAUUUUCCAGUUGUAAAUGCAAAUAUAUCAUUGCAACGCUUGGAGAAACUAUUUUUAGCUGAAGAUGGAAUUUUAGCUCCAAAUCCACCUCUUGAACCAGGAAUUCCAGCAGUCUCAAUUCAAAAUGGAAACUUUUCGUGGGAUUUAAAGCAAGAAAAGCCAACUUUGUCAAAUAUCAAUUUAGACAUACAAGUUAGCAGCUUAGUCGCAAUUGUGGGAGGGACUGGAGAAGGAAAAACAUCACUUAUAUCAGCAAUGCUUGGGGAGCUGCCUCCCAUGGAAAAAGCAAGUGCUGUUAUAAGAGGCACUGUUGCAUGCGUUCCUCCUCAAGUUUCAUUCAAUGCUACUGCGAGUUGCAGCUUAAAAAUUCAUUCUUACUGCAGGUGUGGGACAACAUAUUGUUUGGGUCAGAAUAUGGACCUUCACAAAUUUUGGAAAGCUAUUGAUGUAAUUGCAUGGCAACAUGAUCUCGACUUAGGUCAUGACCUCACUGAGAUAGGCGAAAGAGGUGUCAAUAUUAGUGGUGGGCAGAAGCUAAGAGUUUCCAUGGCUAGGGCUGUCUUCUCCAAUUCAGAUACACACAUAUUCGAUGACCCUUUAAGUGCUUUAGAUGCUCAAGUUGGUUGA